UAAUUUUUUAAUUUUUCCUACUAUUCAGAGGUUUUUUUCAAAUAUUUCCUGCUACCAAGCUCUUGUUUUCUAUGGAAAUAUGAUUGUUGGUUAACCUUUUAAGAAUCUUAUCAACUGAGGAUUUGCUACAAUCCCUUAAGGUGAUGUUAUAAAUUGAGAUUGUGUUCUCGAUAAGCUACAGCAAGAGGGCUAACAAGAAUAUAUGACACUUGAAUAGCUGUAAUAGAGCAUUUAUACCAGUCGUAAAAGCGGGGGUAUACUGUAAAAUACGCCCAACUUUAUCAUAUAGAUCUUUUUAUUGGAUUUUUUCAAUAAACCAAAGACUAUUUAAACCAUUACAUGGACUCUAAUCGAAGAAAAUCCCGAAUCGAUUUUGUAAUUAGUGCACUUGGAAAUGGUAAAUGAAGCAAAAGUAAAUACAGAUACUUCGAGAGAUCCUUUAAGACUUGUAUAAACAGAAAAGAAGUAGAGUUUGCAAGGUCAAAUGAAUAUAUCACUGACGAUGUGAAAAAAAGGCUAUUUAUUGCUUUUAUGGUCUACGCUAUUCAGCAAAGGAAAAUUCUAAAAAAGCCACUUCCUCUUUCAAUAUGAUAUCAUAUCCCGUAGCGGAAAUGAGAUGGAGAAAACAAAAAUUUUCUGUGUUUUCUGAUAACAGAAUUCCAGGACCCAAACCUAGUUUUUGGACAGGAAAUUUGAGGGAAAUUAUUCAAUUGAAAGAAUUUUUUGAGUAUGAAAACAGAAAAAAAUAUGGAAAUAUUUUUGGGUAUUUUCUAGGAGCCAAACCGAUUUUAUUAGUUAAUGAUCCAGAAUUAAUUAAGAUAAUUCAGAUAAAACAUUUCAGAAAUUUUUGUAAUAAAGAUUUUAUGUUACUUGAUGCGAGUAUUCCACAUCACGUUGGAACGAAAAGUUUACCAGCUGGAAGAGAUAAAAAAUGGAAGAUAUCACGUUGUAUAUUAAAUCCAUGUUUUAGUUCUAGAAAAUUAAAAUUGAUGUUUUACAAUUUUAAUGAAGCCAUUGAUGAAUUUUUUGUAAAUGUCGAAGAAGAAUCCAAAAAUGAAAGUUCUUUCGAUUUAUAUCCAUUUUAUAAAAGUUUAACUUUGGAUAUAAUAUGCAGGACAACAUUUGGAUUUAAUUGCGGUGUUCAGAAAGGAAAAAGCGACUUGUUCUUGGAAUCUCUUGGAAAAGUCUUGAACACUCCAUCUUCUGAUAUUUCUUCAUUACUAUCAGUAUGUUUUCCGGAGACAGAACCAAUACCAACAUUAAUUCGAAGAAUAAGAGACUACUUCAAUAGUAAAUAUGAUAAACCUUCAGUUAAAUUAUUAGUGGAUACUUUGAAAGAUGUCAUUCGCCAACGCAAAUUAUCUUUUACUAAAAAGGAAGAUCUACUUCAAAGUAUGAUCGAUGGAAAAGUAGAAACAAAGCUUUUACACGAUGUUAACGAUGAAGAUCUAGAUGCCAAGAAUGAUAAAGAGACGGAAGAAUCCACUAAUGUUGGAAACAGCCACAUAAGAUUGUCUGAUGAUGAAAUAACAGGGAAUGCAUUGGUAUUUAUGGCAACUGGAUUCGGCACAACCAGUUCAAUUCUUGCUUACUCGUCCUACUAUUUAGCAACGCACUUAGAAAUUCAAGAGAAAGCAGUAAAUCAGAUAAGAACGAUUUUAGAAGGAAAAAGUAUUGAAAUUCAAUAUGAAGAUUUGGAAAAAUUGGAUUAUUUGGAUCAAAUUAUAUCAGAGACUUUACGUUUACAUCCUGCUUCCUCUUUAUCUAUUAACAGAAAAGUUAAAAAAGUAUUCAAAUAUAAAGGAAAAACUAUUCCCGAAGAUGUAAUUGUAAGUAUUUCUCCUGAAUUAUUGCACAGGAAUCCAGAAUAUUGGAACGAACCAGACAUUUUUAAUCCUGACAGAUUUUCUGCCGAAAAUAAAAGAAACAUUAAUACCACAAUUUACCAACCGUUUGGAAAUGGACCAAGGAAUUGUAUUGGAAUGCGAUUUGCCUUGACAGUUAUCAAAAUUACCUUAGUUCGAGUUUUAAUGAAAUAUAAACUGGAUAAACCGCCAGAUUAUGUGUUAAAGUGUAAUCAUUCGUUGUAUGGAUCGACACCGAAAGAUGUUUACGUUCGUAUGACUCCAAGAACUAUUUAAAAUAAUAAAUAUUCUCUUGUUAACAUAAUUGUAAAUUCAACUUUAAUCCAUUAUUAAAUACAUUUUUUUCCACUAUUUUUGUGUUUUGUAUUUUGAAAUAAUGUCUAACGCCAAUUAGUGAUACGAAUGAUAUUUCUGCACAAUUUAAUCUCCAGUGGCUGAAUGGAUAAAACCAUUGAACACUUGGUCGUGAGUUCGCGCCACGCCAAAGGACCAGAAGCCAUAUACUUUAUAUUAAAACAAACAACAAAGCUUGCAUCUAUAUGGGAUUGUGUCGUUUUUCAUCAGAGAGGUGUAGCCACAGUUUUUAAUACACAGAGACCAAACUUCCUGUACAAUAAAGUCUAUAGUUCGUCCGACACUCCAAUGGGAUGGCUUACAUGGAAUUAUUGUGUUACCUCGAUGUGUGAAAGACUGGUGUACUGUACGUGUAUACUCAGUCGCCAUUUGUUUAUUGUAUUGAUACGUACAGUACCAUCAGCAAAACAUUCAUAAUCGUAAUUAAUACGAUAACGAAUCUGUGAACCAAGUGUUUUUUUUAUUAUACAGUACGUGUAAUACGUGAAAAAUCCUGUAAUCUGAUACCCGC